AGAGAGAGAGGGCGGAGAUGCCUGAUGGUGAGUGUGAGCUUUUUGUUUCAGAGGCAGAGUGUGUAGUUUCGGUUCUCAGAGACUGUCUGUCUGCUCGCCAUUCUUGACCUGGAUAUCGGAGCUGCGCCUGUUGGGUGCAGCCAGAGACUUUCUGCUCGGAGCUUUCUGUUUGGAGCUGCAGUUCUAGUUUAGCAGAGCCGCUAAGCUAAUCCAGAGCGGGUUAUUAGCAUCCGCUAGCACAGUGAAUACACUUAGCCGAGAGCAGCUAACCGGCUCCUAUGGACUGCCUCGCGGUCUCAGCGCGGGACCCGGGGAUCCAUCCUGACCGCUGCUGAUCUGCGUGGGACUCCUCUCGCCCGGACGUGUUCGCGGGCUGCCUGGAAGAGACUCCACCGCCUUCUCACCUGCUCCCCUCCAUUCUGGCUGCCUGUGCUGCAUCAUCGCCUGUCCUCGGGACCGGGACCGGGGAAACUGCUGCUCUCAGCUGCACUGCAGGAAAAUGGCCGAGGCCAGUAUUUCAGUAGCUCAGGACCAGUUCAUGUGUCCAGUGUGUCUGGAUCUCCUGAAGGAUCCGGUGACUAUCUCCUGUGGUCACAGUUUCUGUAAGGUGUGUAUUAAUGGCUGCUGGGAUCAGGAGGAUCAGAAGGGCGUCUACAGCUGUCCUCAGUGCAGAGACACUUUCACUACAAGGCCUGUUCUACGCAGAAACAACAUGCUGGCUGAAGUGGUGGAGAAACUGAAGAAGACUGAAGUCCAAGCUGCUUCUCCUGCUCACUGUUACGCUGGACCUGGAGAUGUGGAGUGUGAUUUCUGCACCGGGAGAAAACACAAAGCCGUCAAGUCCUGUCUGAUUUGUUUGGCUUCUUAUUGUGAAACUCAUCUGAAACCUCAUCUUGAAGUUCCUGCUUUGAAAAAACACACAUUAAUUGAAGCCUCAGCAAAACUCCAAGAGAAGAUCUGCUCUGAACAUAACAAGCUGAUUGAGAUCUACUGUCGUACUGAUCAAACCUGCAUCUGUUAUUUGUGUAUGAUGGAUCAUCACAACGGUCACGACACCGUCACAGCCGCAGCAGAAAGAGCUGAGAAACAGAGUGAGUUAAAGGAGGAGCAGAUGAAAUCCCAGCAGAGAAUCCAGGAGAAGCAGAAGAAGGUGCAGGAGCUGAAACAGGCUGUGAACACUAUAAAGCUCAGUGCACAGACAGCAGUGGAGGACAGUGAGAGGAUCUUUACUGAGCUGAUCAGCUCCAUGGAGAAAAAGCGCUGGGAGGUGACGGAGCUGAUCAGAGAUCAGGAGAAGGCUGAACUGAGUCGAGCUGAACGACUUCUGGAGCAACUGGAGCAGGAGAUUGCUGAUCUUCAGAGGAGAGUCACUGAGCUGGAGCAGCUUUCACACACACACGAUCACAUCCAUUUCCUCCAGAAAAUACAGUUGUUAUCAAUACUACCAUCAUUUCACACAUCCAGCGUCACUGUCCAUCAACAUCUCUCAUUUGAUGGAGUGAGGAAUUCUCUCUCAGAUCUGAAAAAGAGACUCGAGGAAUUCUGUGAGGAGGAAUUCAACAAAAUCCCUCCACAUGCUGCAGCAGUUCAGAUCAUUUCAGGACCAGAACCACAGAGCAGAGAAGACUUUCUGAAAUAUUUCUGUUAUCUGACUCUGGAUCCCAACACGGCACAUCGUCACCUCAUUCUGUCUGAGAAGAACAGAGCGGUGAGAUGGAGUGAGAGAGAGCAGCGUUACUCUCAUCAUCCAGAGAGAUUUGAUUCCUGGCGGCAGGUGUUGUGUAAGGAGAGUGUGUGUGGACGCUGUUACUGGGAGGUGGAGUGGAGCGGUGCUGAUGGUGUGGAAAUAUCAGUCUCAUAUAAAGACAUCAGCAGGAAAGGACAGGGUAAAGAGUGUCUGUUUGGAUUCAACAGUCAGUCCUGGAGUCUGCACUGUGAUUAUUCUUCUCUCUCUUUCCGGCAAAACAGCAUUGAGACUGAUCUCAGAGUUCCAUCAGCCUCCAUAAUAGGAGUGUAUGUGGAUCACAGUGCAGGAACUCUGUCCUUCUACAGCGUCUCUGACACGAUGAAGCUCCUCCACAGAGUCCACACCACAUUCACUCAGACUCUAUACGCUGGGUUCUGGCUCUACUGGUCUCCUGGUUCUACAGUGAGAUUGUGUGAUCCAGAAUAAAAGUGUGUAGUGUUUUCUGUAAAAUUCCUGCACGUUGCCACGUUGUUGCUCAGUCGUCUGUUUCACUAGAACACAAUCCAGCUGCACAAAAACACUCAUUUUAAUAUUUAAAUUAAAACAGAUGAAUAAUUUAAAAUAAUUAAAAAGGAAAUGUUAAAAAUUAACUGCCAGACAAGAAACUCGUCAAAUUUAAAAAGAAAAUGAUCUCAUGACCUUCGCAUUAUAAAGUUGUGUUUGUUUCAUAUUAUUCCACAAGGUUAAGUACGCUCGCAUUUGUGGACAUAAAAUAAUUUUGGUGAAAUUGGGCAGCCUUGUCUGAGUCCACGUAACAUCUUAAAUUUUGGUGUCAUUCCAGGGUUAAGGGAGAUAUAACUAUAAAUAUCAUUGUGAAAUAUUUUAAUAACCUUGCAGAACCCUUUUCCAAAUCCAAGAGUUUUGAGUUUUAUAAACAUUAAAAUCGUGCUCCACAGUGUCGAAUGCUUUGAAAAAGUCUAGACAUAAAACAAGACUGAUUGAAUAAUUGAUUGGUAAUCAAUCAUAUCUAGAAUCAGUCAGACGUGGUUUUGAAUAUAUUUUCCCUUCAUGAAGGCUGAUUGAUAUUCGUCUACAAGUUUUACAAGUCCACGCUUUAGACGAUUAGCAGGUACUGAGGCAAGUAAUUUAUAAUCAUUGCAUAGUAAGGUUAUAGGUCUCCAAUUGUCUAGCAACAAGAAGUCUUUUUUGGGUUUUGGUAGCAAGGUUAUUAAGCCUGUCUUCAUCGUCGGGGAUAAACAUCCUUUGUGAAUGCAUUCUAAAAAUGCUGUAUAUAAUAUUUUUUUUAAUAUCCACCCAAACGUAUUUUAAAAAUUCAGAUGUUAAGCCAUCGAUUCCUGGUGAUUUACCAUUUUUCAUUUGUUUUAAUGCAAUUUCAAUUCCUGUUAUAGUUCAUUCCUCAUCAAGUGUACGUUUGUCUUCAUCCAGUUUUUUGAUGUCAUCAUUGAUGGGAUAAAAUAAGACGUCACAGUCUGAUUUAUUAAAUUUAAGUUACAAUAACAGAGCCAAAUUUCAUCCUGUACUCAUUUCUGAUCUUCUAUUAUAUUAUCAUUGGUCAUAAGCUUACUCAUUUUUUUUCUUAGUUUGUCUUUGUUUUUCAAGUCUGAAGAAAUACGAUGAACUUUUUUCACCCUGUUCGAUCCAUCUAGCUCCUGGUCGAGUGGAAGCUCCAUUUGCCUUUAUUGUGUACAUUUCUUCUCGUUGAGACUGCAGUGACUAAUUCUGAAAUGUUUUCAAAGGAUAGUUGUGUGUUAUUUACUAAUGUAUUAAUUUUAUCAAUCAGAUCCUUUUGUUCUUGUCUUCUUAUUUUAAUAAAACUUUUAUUUCAUUUUAUUUUAUUUCUACUGUUGUUUAAUUCUUAUUUUUCUUCCCCAUUUAUUUUAUGUAAUUUUAUUUUCUAUUGCUUACUGUUUUGCUUUUACUUCUGUAAAGCACAUUGAACUGCCACUGUGUAUGAAAUGUGCUAUAUAAAUAAACUUGCCUUA